AAAAGUGAGAAAAUUCACUAGAAUAUCUACAAUUUCAUUUGUUGAAAUCUAGUAAAUCUGCUCACUUUUGUAAUUUUCACCUCGUUUCGUGAACCGUAAUAGCUCCCCAGAUGGUAUAGGAAGAGUGUCAGAGAGAGAGCUGCUCUACUCUGGAACAAUUGCACACAUUCAGAGAAAAAGAUAUUUAUCGAUAUAGACAUAACAUAUGAUUACGAAUCUUGCGGAAAUUGAGAUUAAGCAGUUUACGAAAUGAAAGCGAUAAUACAACGAGUAUCGAAAGCUUCAGUUUCAGAGUGAGAAAAAUAUUGAAUACCAAACUUUUUGACGACAACAAGGGUAAAAAAUGGGGUGCCAGUGUAGCAGAUAAGAAAUAUGAAAUAUUGUGCAUUAGUCAGUUUACAUUGUAUCAUGUUUUGAAAGGAAAUAAGUUAGAUUUUCAUAAAGCUAUGCCUGCACAAGAAUCAGAACCCUUUUAUAUGAAUUUUCUUGCCACAUUGCGUAGAAAAUAUAUCCCAGAGUUAGUCAAAGAUGCUAGUUGGUGAAUUAUAAUUGUAUUUUUAAUAAUCAACAAUGGCAACUACUGAAAAAAAAAAGAGCAUUGCACAAAGUGAGGAUAGCAAAUCAGAAGAGCAAGAUGAAAAAGAUGAGAAGAUUGUAGAGCUUGAUGCAAAGAAUGUAGAAGACACAUUCAAAAUAAAUAAAUCAAAUAUAGACAAAUCAUCUAUUCCUAAAAAUGAUAUAUUCGUCAAUCAACGACAGUCACAUGGAAGUCAGACAGAUCCUGAAGACACAGAAACUAUGGAGCAAUUAAAAAAUCAGUUGGGUAUAUUAAUGAAUCAAUUGGCUACUCUGUCGGCGGAAAAGUCGAAAAUGGAAGCAAAUUUUCAAGCCGAUAAGAAGCAAUUGAGAAACGAUCGUGACGAAUGUGAGAAAGUAAUUAAAGAUCUAAAAGAGAGACUGAAGAAGGCUCAAAAUGUCAAUCAUUCCGAAAUUGAACAUGUAAAGUGUAAAUUAAUCAUGGAGCGACAUGAGAGGGAGAAAGAACAUGCCGAUUUUGUCAAGAAGAUAAAAGAAUUGCAAAAAUUAUUAUAUGAUGAGCAACGCAGCAAAGAACAAUUAGAGGGGCAACUGAAAACUCAUCUCGCGAAUAAAACACAAUGCAAGAUUCUCGAAGCCGAGCUAGAGAUCACCAAAACCAAACUUAAACAGGCCGAAGAAGCGGCAAAGGAAACACCGCCGCUUCUUGUUUCCUUACAAGCCGAGAUGACGAUGAUGAAGAAACAACAUUUGAAUGCGAUUCGUGAAGAGCAAAAAAGAGUCACCACUGCAGAGCAACAAGCAAGAAGAUCAGUAAUGAUAUAUGAAACAAGAGUGGCCUGUUUAGAGGCUCGUUUAGCUGAACUCUCCGAGAUUGUUGGAGGCUAUGACAGACUGAGACAACAAGAUCAAUUAGCCAUUCAAAAAUUGAAGGAUCAGUUAGCUAUUUUGCAGAAUACUGAGCACAGCGAAGCCGUAAUGUCGAGUAACCAGCCAGAAGAAAUUAUUUCCAAAAUAAAGACUAUGUUUACUUAUUUGUUGGAUCUUGAUAAUCAGAAGAAAGAUUCAACUUAUAUAAAAUCAUUACUCAAUACUUUAGAUCUGCGACAUGAACAUUACAAUUAUAAGGAGAAGUACGACAACCUUUUACAAGAAUUUGAAGAUUAUAAGCAUCAAAUGAUAUAUAAAUAUAAUAUAUCAUCUAAUAUUACUCGUGAUGGUCAACAACAAAAACGGAAUCUAUCUCUGACACAUGAUAAGGAUCAUGAUAAAACUCAAUUAAAUCUUCUCAAAGUGCACAAUAGCAAUUUAGAGGAAAGAAUACGUAUGAUUACUAACGAAAUGUUAAAUAAAGAAAAAAGUUUGCAAGAGCGAUUGGAUCAUCAACAAAAGUUGCUCCAAGAAGAAUGUUCAAAAUUGGAGCAUACAUUGCAUCAAAAAGAAAUCGAAUAUCGUAAUAAAAUAUCUACUCUGGAACAACAAUUACUUCGACAAAGAGAGAGGUCUAUGGCGCUCGUGGACGAAAAAGAUAAAGAGAUAUUAACUUUAAAAACAUCAUUUCGCGCAUUAUUACCUAAUAAGGAUACAGCUGCUGCGACAGAAACUAAGACACAUCUAAAUAGAUACGAGAAUAUCGUCGAACCGGUUACCGAUUUGGUAACAGGAUUAUUGACGAAUGACAGUCCUCCAAUACUGCAUUACAUUCAGGAAUUGGCCAGGAAAGAAGUGCAAGUAUCGUUUUCGAGAAAAAAAGUUUUGGAAUUGGAAGCAUCAUUGAGAGAACAGCAAAGAGAAAUACUUUAUAUGAAAGAGCAACAACAGACUGAAACUAAAUCUUUGAAAGCACAUAUCAUUAGGCUGGAAGCAUGCAAAUCGAGAGAAGGUGCCAAUCUGGAAUAUUUGAAAAAUGUAUUCAUAAAUUACUUAACGACGAAUGAUGCGUCCAGUAAACGGCACAUGUUAAAUGCUAUUUCAACAGUACUGCGUUUCACAUCCGACGAGCUUAGUAAAGUUAAGCAUUAAUAUUAAAGAUAUUUUUAUUAUCAUAUAUAUGUAUAUAUAUAUAUAUAUAUAUAUAUAU